UUUGGGAAACGGCACCGUAUAGCUGCCUCGUUUAGUUUUGAGUUACGAGUUUCGACGACCUGGCAAUGGCAUCUACUUGGGCUUUUCAACUCUGAAUCGGCUGCAGGAUCUUUUAUUCUUGGAUGAACAGUUGGUUCAUUUUUGCGAAUUAGGUUUGAAAAUGAGGAAAUUAGCGAGAAAUUUUCGAAAAUCUGAAGAUGACAAGUUCUCGCUCCCAACUCUCGACGAUUCUCGUCCCAUGGAUACACAUGGGUAUGUUUUGAAAUUUGCAGAACAAGAGGAGGUGGUCCGAUCGCUUGAAAGGAUGCAUGCUCAGCAAAGUCUUCAAUGGAAGAGCGUGUUUGCAGCACUUCUCUUUUGUUACUCCGCGUUUCUUCUAUACUCCAUCUAUCAGCAAGCUUUAUUUCCAUGGGAACUGCGAUACCAUGCUUAUUUCAUGGAAGAUGUUGGCUCAUGGAUGAUAAUAACUGCAGAUUGGCUAGCUGUUUUAGUUUGCUCAAUGGCCAUUAUGGGCCUACUUAAUAAUUCAAAGGAUCACAGACGAUGGAUUGAGUACUCAUGCUUUGUUGGCCUUAUGCUUGCAGUUUUCUGGUUAUAUUACAUGCUGAGAAUGCCAAAAUUCCGUUGGGAUGUUAUAUGGCUUCCUCUUGGGCCCUUCAGUGGAUCUGGGGUAUGCCUCUAUGUGGACCAUCUCCUUUCCGAGUCAUCAGAGGAAGUGAGAAAACUCAGAAGCUAUAUGUAUGCUUUCAAGGCUGGCUAGAAGUCUGUUUCAACUGGGUAUCAGACGGCACAAGAUAAUGGCUGCAGGAUUGGGAUUUAGAAGCAGCUACUGCGAGUCAAAUGGGUUGGAGAAAGGAUGUACAAUGUCGUCCUCCGGUAACUCUCACUGGACAAACAGGGACAAAAACCAGAGUUGGAGGAUUCUUGUUCUUUUUAUAACGUGUUGGGGUGUUUACUAGUUGAGUGUACCAUAAAGUUUCAACAGUCUAUAUACUUACCAACUUGAUAUGCUAUUGCACCAUAAAGAUAAAUUUGUGCACAUUCAUUGGCCUCAAUGCACCAUCGCAGAUUCUACCCUCUUGGGUUCAA